GAAAGGCCAAGAUAUAAGCAAUGUUAUAAACGUAGUUGGAUUAUAAAAUUACCACAAUUGUUUUUCUCUAAGCUCAUGGAAAUUAGUUACCAAAAUGUACAUCUCUCAGUUACAUUAAACAGGAAGUGGAAAUAUUGACAAAGAAAGGUCUAAUUAGUGGUGUCAACUCUGGGAAAUACCCAUCACCAUGGCAGCAAAGCAACAAGGGGACAACUGCUGCAGAGUCAUGGGAGAAGCUCUGACCAAUCAGCACAGAGAAUGCAUGGACAGGUGUUGGAGUAUCACCUUGACAACCAAACCUCCAGUGGACAAUCUCAAAAACAACACAACCAUAUCUCCAGAACAACACAUAGAUGCAUUAAGCACAUACUUGCCUCGCACAGCAAAACAGGGGUACUAUGCAGGUGUUAGAUUCUUACUUUCAAAAGGUGCUAAUGUCAAUUCACAAGAUAGUAAUGGUGGGACUGCACUUAUGAAAGCAGCCCAGUCUGGGUAUAUCAACAUUUUAAAAUUGCUGCUAGAACAUCGUGCUAGUGUGAAUAUGGUGGAUAUGGAUGGAUACACUGCACUUAUAUAUGCCACAAGUUUCAGCCACAUUGGUUGUAUACAGGCGUUGGUUGCUGCUGGGGCUUCCAUUGACAUUAUGAACAAUUAUGGUUGGAGUGCUCUGAUUCUUGCCGCUAUUAAUGGUGACACAGAUUGUAUUGAACUAUUCCUUGCCAAUGGUGCUAAGCCUGAUCUGGAAGACUACAGUAAGUUAACAGCACUCAUGCACUCUGCUACGGGAGGUAGAGCAAAGAGUAUAAAGUUAUUACUUGAAGCUGGGGCACAGCCAAAUCUUAAAGACAGCUAUGGUACAACUGCACUGAUAUGUGCAGCAGUCAAUGGGCAUUUAGACUGCCUUGUUUUACUUCUAGAAGCAGGCGCCUUGCCAAAUUUGCAGAACUAUGCUAAAAAAACAGCACUUAUGGAAUCAUCGAAAAAUCGUGAAAUAGAGUGCACUGAGUUGUUACUUAAAUGGGGGUCAUUGCCCGAUUUGCAAGACAAACCAGAUCAACGAACAGCACUGAUGUACGCUGUAUUGCGAGGCCACCCAGUUAUGGCAGAGGCUUUACUACAGGCAGGGGCUGACCCUGGGAUUACAGAUCGCCAGGGCCUAACUGCAUUCAUGCAUGCAGCAGAGAAGCGACAUACAGACUGUGUUCUAUUGCUAUUGGCUCAUGGCUCAGAUGCAAACAUUAGUGACAAUAGUGAAAAACAUUGUAAGGCAAUUCAUCAUGCAUUGGAUCGGGCAUUUAGUAUAUACGACCUUGAACUCAUACAGAUUCUAAUCAUCGCAGGGUGCUACAUUAACACUGCUCAAUUUUCAAUUAUUGUUCAUAAACAUUUUUAUGAUACACCUGCAUUAACAAAAGACAGAUUAAUUCAAUGGCUACAGAACUACCAGAGUGUGCCACGGUCUUUACAACAUAUGUGCAGAAUAAAAAUAAGACAAACAGUACAUCCAAAGUAUUUCAAAGGGAACAUAGAGGAUCUUCCAUUGCCUGAGGUUAUGAAAGACUACAUCCAAUUUGCAGAAUUGGAUGACUUUGAAACCUC